AUGCCGGUUGAGCUCCGCAAGCGCAAAGCUCCCGCGCCGGCUCCAGAGCCUCCCACCAAAAAGCAAACCAAGGUCUCAAAGGUAGCCGCCAAAGUUAAGGAGACUGUCAAGGGCAAGCCUGCGAAGUCUGCCAAGCCUGCCGAUGCCAAUGGCUCAUCUAAAGCCGCAAAGCCCGUCGUUGGCGACAUCGUCGCCCUCGACGGAUUUGGUGGCGAGAUCGAGACCAACGACGGCAAGAAGACUACUCUGAAGGCUCUUGUCGACGAGAGCAAAUCUGGAGUCGUGAUCUUCACAUACCCCAAGGCCUCUACGCCGGGCUGCACCACCCAAGCUUGUCUCUUCAGAGACUCUUACGAGCCCUUGACCAAAGGCGGUCUCGCCAUCUACGGCCUCUCGUCUGAUUCGCCUAAGGCAAACACAACUUUCAAAACCAAGCAGAACCUACCUUAUCCGCUUCUAUGUGACCCCAGCGCCACUCUGAUCGGUGCCAUUGGGCUCAAGAAGGCGCCUAAGGGUACGACCCGUGGCGUCUUUGCCAUAGACAAGACUGGCAAAGUUCUCCUGGCCGAGCCUGGCGGGCCAGCUGCGACGGUAGACGCCGUUAAGAAGCUAGUCGCUGAAAGCAAAGGGGAUGAUGCCGCGAAAGAAGAGCCAGCCGAGGAGAAGCCAGCGGAGAAGGCGGCGGACGAGGCCAAGUCUACUAAUGGGGAGGCCACCGAAGAUAAGAAGGUUGAUGGCGCUGAUGAGUGA